UGCACGGAUGUCGCACAGCUAUCUUCUCGCAGUCUUGCUGCUGCAGCAAACGAUUAGCGUUGUGUACGCCCGGGGACAAACUCACAGUCUAGCCAACAUGUCCGCUGCUGCCUUUACGAUAACUGAAACCGAUGAGCAGUCCGUGUACACCGAGCGCCGUCAAAUCAAAGUGUUACUCAACGAUUUGAAGGAUUAUCCGUUAGAUCCUGCCGUGAGGCCACCGGUUUCCGUGACCAUAUCAUCCAAGUAUCGAAACUACCUCCAGCGUGUACGAGACUUUCAAGUGUUCGAGGAUGAUGUUUGGAUUGUGACAUUCCCGAAAAGUGGAACCACCUGGACGGAGGAGAUGACCUGGUUGAUCAAUCACGAUCUCGACUACGAUACGGCACGGAGCAUCAAGUUAAACUCGCGCUCGACAUUUCUCGAAAUAGGCGCAAUUUCGGAACUCUUUCCGAUUGAUACGAUUGCAACCGCCGAGCGGAGCGCACGGCCGCGACAAAUUAAAUCACACCUUCCACUGCCCCUUCUACCACGCCAGCUGUGGACGGUGAAACCGAAGAUCGUCUACGUCGCACGCAAUCCAAAGGAUGUGGCCAUUUCGUUCUACCAUCAUUAUCGUGUGUUUGUGAGUUACAAUGGAACGAAGGAAACUUUCCUGAACGAGUUACUGGCCGAUCAGGUAACCUACUGCCCUAUGGUGUCCCAUGUGCUUGACUUUUGGGCCCUCAAACAUGAACCGAAUGUACUGUUUCUCACCUACGAAACGAUGAAACGGAACCUACGAGCUGUACUACCCGAUGUGUGCCGCCACUUUAACAAGACCUACUCCGAGGCACAGCUGGACGAGCUGGCCGUUCAUUUGUCGUUUGACGAGAUGAAAAAAAAUCCGGCCACUAACAAGGACGACGUGGUGCGCAACGCUCUUGCCAAGGACAAUCGAAUCGGCGAUGAACAGUUCAAAUUCCUACGCAAAGGCAUCGUCGGAGAUUAUCGCAACGAGCUACCAGAAGAGUUCAACGUCAAGUUCGAUCGUUUCAUUGCAGAGCAGCUCGCUGGAAGUGAUUUCCGAUACGAAUACGAUUAAGAAUGACGUUCGAAUAAACAGCAUUUCAGUUUUGCAUCAGUCUUCAUCAGUA